CGUGUUUAUACAAUGAUCUGAGAGUGGAAUAACACAGCGUAUUGUGAGUUACACGUCACACUCGUACAAGCAUCUGCCACUUCAUUGGAACAGGAAAAAACGAAAGUGACGAUGGGCUCAAUAUGGUCUGAUGGUACCAGCAUAGAUGCAGUAGAUGGUUCAGACGUAUCUAAAUUAGAUAGAAAAAUUAAGAUUAUAUGGAGACAAGAUCGAAUUCGCAUCACCAAACAAGACUACGGACAGGUAGGAAGCAAUUUCAAUGGCUGGCGAAAACCUGUUUCGAAAUUUGCUCGAAAUGAAGGCAUACUUGCUGAACACCUUCGAGAGAACGUUUACAUAGGAGAAUACGAUAUAUCCGACGGGCUUUGGCAGAAAUCCUGCGGGGUUGUAGAUGAAAUAACGCGAUUCUUUCAUGUUACACUGAAGAAAAAAACUUCAAGGUACUAUCCUUGCAUCAUUUUUGGAGAUUUUGUGAAGCAGGGUAGCUCUCGGGAGGGUUUGAAAAUUGGACAACCCGACGAGUUUGAUCUGAUUCUUCCAUUCACCAUUGAAGGAGUUGAUUUACACGCUGUUCCAGCUCUCGAUAAAAACGGAGAGCUUAUUCCGGCACACAUGAAACUACAGAUUUCAGAUUACGCACAGAUUCAGAAUGUCAAGAAUGGAAUCCUGUACCAAUCGCUAAGAAAGAACGGCGUUUUUGAAAAGUGUGGCUCUGAUCUAUUUCUUAACGCAAUGUGCUUCCAGACGCGGGUUAUAUCAUCCAUCAUGGAAACCACCAUAGCAGAGAUACAGAAAAAAAUCGACGCAAAGAACAGGAAUCAAGCUUGCUCUUUUACUCUCAGUAAAACCAGCGUGUUUCCUCCCACGUUUAGAUUCAGAAUAAAAAUUAAAAGUGAUGCUGAUUUUGAUGAACUCUCAUAUGGUAAAAAAUUAUUCUCUCGUCGUGAAGGUCGCAUCGCUGCAGCUGCAACUCGAGUCUGGAACGCCACGUACAAAGUAAUUGAAUUCGAUAUUGUGCCGGGGCUGCUGCUACAAACCGAUUCUGUCCCUAAUCCAGACAGCUGGUGGUUUUCAAUGACAUGUGAAAGAUAUGCCGUCAUAAAGUGGAUCCACAAAGGACGUUACGCAGAUAAAUAUCCUGAGCCGAAUCUGCUUUGGAGGGAGAGCUCAUGCGGGUACGAGAAGCAUAUACUCGAUGUCAGUAGUAGGAACCACAGUGAUGUCUACAUCCUGACAGCUUGUAGGGUAUUAAAGGCAUACUUAGACGGCUUGGGAAACUCCUCACAACUAGGUAGUCUUCUAACAUCAUACCACAUCAAGAACCUCGCGAUCCACUGUAUUCUUCUUCAGCUGCACGCUUCUGGCGUCAAGGAGGCUUUGGGCUACCUAAUUGCGUUCCUGGAGAUAGGUCUUGAAAUGGAGUUCUUGCCACAUUAUUUCUACGGAAAUCCUUACAUUUCCAGCAUGUUUCCGAAAUUAUCAGCCAACGCCAACCAGAGACGUUUCAACUUGUUUAGAAACAUUCCUCAUGACCACUUUGCACAGGCCAUACUUUCACUAAGGGGGAUGAAAGCCGAUUUAUACGGCUUGUUCACCGAAAGUAGUUACCUUGGUAACCAUCAGAACAUCGAUUCCUUUGGAAAACUCUGCACUCUGUAUGAUGAAGACACAAGUGGCAGAUGCCUGCUGAUGUGAGUCUUAACUGAUGCAGACAUUGAUUGGUAGCCAUGCUCAUCAUAUAGGGAAAGACGGCGUUUGGACAAGGAAGUUUGCAUGAGCAUAAACAACUGAUGAAGUUGAUUCAUAUUGAACAAGAGGACAAAACUAAAAAAUAAAAUAUAUAUUGCUACGCGUGGCUUAUUACUACAAAUGUAAAUGUAUGUGAUUGUUUAUUGUAGCAUUAUUUCACUAGCAUGGGGAGUAUAUUAUAGAACAAUUAUAACAGUAGUUGGUAUAUUGUUUAAUUCUACUUGCAGAUUAUACAUUGUUUACUACUUUACUUUACUAGUACUAGGUAUAACAUUGUCAUAUCGUUUUGCCAGUUGAUGGUACAUUGUAUUCUUCUCCCACCUCUGCGUAUGAAAGACACACGUGCAUCACAUGGAACAUCCCAAUGCAUGGGUGCACUCACUGACAUGUACUUUUAUGACGUCACAAUCAGAUAACGGGAUGUUGUUAUGACGUCACAAUUGAAAGUGCGUCAAAAUAACGUUUGACUGACUGGCAAUCCUGCCGUCUGCAAGUGACAACACCCUCAAGACAUAAUAUUUUGUGUAAAGGCUUGCCCUGUAUGUCAUUCCACGGAUGUUUUAAUGGUAUACAUACGGUAUACCGUACUUUUUCUGCUCUUUCCAAAUACAGUUUGUGUAAUCGUUAUUUUGUAACUUUGCCAUAUUUAGUGUUUUCUAUGUACAGUUUUGCCAAAGUUUCGGUUAGAACGUGGAAGAAAAAGCGGCAAUUAUUAUGUGGGUAUGAGGGAUAU